AUGGGGCAGUCGGGGCGGUCCCGUCACCAGAAGCGUGCUCGCGCCCAGGCGCAGCUCCGCAACCUCGAGGCCUACGCCGCGCAGCCGCACUCGUUCGUGUUCGCGCGGGGUCGCGCGGGUCGCGGCGUCCGGCAGCUCAGCCUGGACCUUCGUCGGGUCAUGGAGCCCCUCACCGCCACCCGCCUGCAGAUACGAAAGAAAAACACUCUGAAGGAUUGUGUGGCAGUGGCGGGGCCCCUUGGGGUCACACACUUUCUGAUCUUGAGUAAAACGGAGACAAACAUCUACUUUAAGCUGAUGCGCCUCCCAGGAGGCCCCACCUUGACCUUCCGGAUCAAUAAGUACACACUAAUGCGCGACGUGGUCUCCUCCUUGCGCCGACACCGCAUGCACGAGCAGCAGUUUGCCCAUCCGCCCCUCCUGGUGCUCAACAGCUUCGGCCCCCACGGCAUGCAUGUGAAGCUCAUGGCCACCAUGUUCCAGAACCUGUUCCCCUCCAUCAAUGUGCACAAGGUGAACCUAAACACCAUCAAGCGCUGCCUUCUCAUCAACUACAAUCCUGACUCCCAGGAGCUAGAUUUUCGUCAUUAUAGCAUCAAAGUCGUUCCUGUGGGCGCAAGUCGUGGGAUGAAGAAGCUUCUACAGGAGAAGUUCCCCAACAUGAGCCGUCUACAGGACAUCAGCGAGCUAUUGGCCACGGGCGCCGGGCUGUCCGAGAGUGAGGCAGAGCCCGAUGGGGAGCACAACAUCACGGAGCUGCCCCAAGCCGUCGCAGGACGCGGCAACAUGCGGGCCCAGCAGAGUGCCGUGCGGCUCACUGAGAUUGGGCCCCGGAUGACACUGCAGCUCAUCAAAAUCCAGGAGGGUGUUGGGGAGGGGAACGUGCUGUUCCACAGUUUCGUGCACAAGACUGAAGAGGAGCUUCAGGCCAUCCUGGCGGCCAAGGAGGAGAAGCUACGGCUCAAGGCCCAGAGGCAGGACCAGCAGGCCCAGAAUGUUCUGCGCAAGCGGGAGCAGCGGGAGGCACACAGGAAGAAGAGCCUGGCAGGCAUGAAGCGGGCGCGGGCAGAGGCCAGUGGGGAUAGCGAUGCCGAGGACCCCGGCGCCCCCCCAGAGGGGACCGGCCAGCGAGAGGAAGAGGAGGAUGAAGCCGAGUAUUUCCGCCAGGCAGUGGGAGAGGAGCCUGAUGAGGACAUGUUUCCGAAGGCAGCCAAACGAAGACGGUCUGCCGGGCCCCCCGGCAAGAAGCAGCGAGGAAGGGGGCAGAGGCCAGAUCGAGGCGCUGACCGGAGGCCUCCAAAGGCCAAGGGCAGGCCCCAGCGGGCCCAGGCCAAGCUGGAACGCAGAGGAGCUGCCUGGGAGCACAGGCGGGGCCGAGCACAGCCACCUAAGAAAGCAGUCUGA